UUAUUUUAUUUAUCGACACAUUAAAGACUAAAACCUGACUAAAAACCAAACACGUUUGGUCAAAAAGCAUCAGAUGUUAAAGUCCUGUCCUGUUUGGGUUUAUAUCCUUUAGAUAAAUAUAUUUUCACAGGAGAUGAUUCCAUCUUCAGCUGCUUUUAGUUUCUAACCAGAUGAUCUAAAAGAAAACACAGCAUUAGUCUGGAUCAAAACUUCUGAUUGGUUUUGUUCUGUCAGGGGGCCGUGUGCUGCAGAGAAACAGAUUAGUUUGGUUUCUCCACUAGAUGUUCUACUGUCAUUCUCAGAGGUUUGGUUUCUCCACUAGAUGUUCUACUGUCAUUCUCAGAGGUUUGGUUUCUCCACUAGAUGUUCUGCUGUCAUCUUCAGAGGUUUGGUUUCUCCACUAGAUGUUCUACUGUCAUUCUCAGAGGUUUGGUUUCUCCACUAGAUGUUCUACUGUCAUUCUCAGAGGUUUGGUUUCUCCACUAGAUGUUCUGCUGUCAUCUUCAGAGGUUUGGUUUCUCCACUAGAUGUUCUACUGUCAUUCUCAGAGGUUUGGUUUCUCCACUAGAUGUUCUACUGUCAUUCUCAGAGGUUUGGUUUCUCCACUAGAUGUUCUGCUGUCGUCUUCAGAGGUUUGGUUUCUCCACUAGAUGUUCUACUGUCGUCUUCAGAAGUUUGGUUUCUCCACUCGAUGUUCUGCUGUCGUCUUCAGAGGUUUGGUUUCUCCACUAGAUGUUCUGCUGUUAGCUUCAGAGGUUUGGUUUCUCCACUCGAUGUUCUGCUGUCGUCUUCAGAGGUUUGGUUUUUCCACUCGAUGUUCUGCUGUCGUCUUCAGAGGUUUGGUUUUUCCACUCGAUGUUCUGCUGUCAUCUUCACAUUGAGAAGAGGCGGUUGCUACGACGACGAGGAGGCCUCACAUCUACUACUGCCGCUCGCCCAACAUGGAGGACUUCACCUGCUGGUGGCAUCCGCUGGACGGACAGACGGACGGAGAGGACGUCGCCUACAUCCUCACCUACUCCAAAGAUAAGGGGUCCAGACAUGAAUGUCCAGACUACGUAAGCGCCGGCGCCAACAGCUGCCACUUCGACAGCAGGCACACGUCUAUCUGGACCAUCUACUGCAUGAACGUCACCGCCGUCACCGCCCGACGGAACUACACCUCCCAGGAGCACUGCCUGGACGUGGCAGAGAUCGUUCAGACUGAAGCUCCGGUCAAUCUGAGCUACACGCUGACCGACGCCGGCGGGGAUGAAAUGGGCCACAACGCUCUGCUGACCUGGAGGUACCCGGUGCCCUCGGACCUGCAGUACGGCUGGAUCACGCUGGUCUACGAGCUGCAGUACAGACGCAUCACUGAGCCCGACAACUGGAAGGUGAAGCAUCCUCUGCGGGAGCCUCACGUGGAACUGCUCGGUCUACCUGUCGGCGACUACUUGGUUCGAGUUCGCUGCCGGUCGCACAACUACGGCCUGUGGAGCAAAUGGAGCUCCACGCUGUCGAUAAGCAUCCCCACCAGGCCGCCCACAGGUAAACUGCUGGUGCUAAUUCUGGUGACGGGGGUCGGAGUCGUGGCUCUGCUGGUCAUCACCUUUGGUAUUAUUCCACAGAGCAGGAGAAUUAAAGACUACUUCCUGCCUCCCAUUCCGAAGCCUCGGAUCAUUGGCAUUGACCCGCUGCUCCUGAAGAAGGGGAACUUGGAUGAAAUCAACCGUCACUUCAGUAGCUUCCACAGCUACAAAUCUCCCAGGUACUAUGAGGAAGUCUGGGAACAGGUGAGCGCCGACAACGCCUAUUUCACCUCAGUGAAGGACUAUGGCGUCCGGAGCGACUCCACAGAUAAGCAGAAAGAAACUUUUAUGGUUCCUUCCAACCCGAUGCCGGUGAACGCCCACCAUCAGCUCACAACCCGGAACCCGGGGGUGUACAUGUCGCCCUACUGCUCCAUGCCUCCUCAAGCCUUCGCCCCGCCGCUGGACGUGCCUUCCCCGUGGCCGAGGUCGGAGAUCGUGUCACUGCCGGGGACGGACAACAGCGUGGCCAUCCCCGCCUCCAGCCCGGCUGCUUUCACCACCAACCACGCCCCGCAGGAUUUCUACACCUGCGUCCAGCUCAUGAAUGAAAGCGGCGAGGUGCAUUUGGUGCCCUGCUUGCCGCCGGCGUACUGCCAGGAGUUCCCGCCUCUCCAGAGGGACGGUUUAGAUGCUGCAGAGAAGGAUGAGAAGAGGAAAAAGGUGACUGACUACCAAACCAGGAAGAAUAUGAUGAAAGAUGGCGCUGAUGCUGAGAGGAGUGAAGCAGCGGAGCCUCUGCUACCUGCUGCCGUCGACAACAAGGGUUGAAUGACAAGAACUAACAAUACAAAACGUACUGAAACAUGGAGACUGGUACCAUGUUCUGCUGGUUUAACUCAAAACCUCUGUACUGUUCUGUUCCACACCAUCAAUACUUUUGAGAGGAACUUUAAAACAGCAAUGGAUCUGCAGGACAUCAGCCUCAGAACAGUCUUUUAAAGCUUGUGGACAUCCCAAACUUGCAGUUGUGCAAUAACAGCAAGUUUUCAUUCCAAAACUUCCUCUGGACCUCAACUCCUUUCUGUCUUUAGUAUCUCUGGUCACCAUUUGGGAGCAGAUGCACUGUAAGGGACCAAGCCUGAUGUUGUUAAAGAUGGAUUUUUAUUUGGAAAAUCCACGUGCUGGAGCUAUUUUUAGACAAAUCAAAAGCUAGGAGCAAAUUUACAAACUAAACUGGUACAAACUGGCACUAGAGUUGAACGGUGUAAUAUCUGGGAUUUAUGGUUAAUGAAGGCCAUCAAACUUGAAAAAAUUGCAAAGUUGCCUCAUUCAGCUUUGACUAAAUCAGUUUCCACAAGUGGCGCCUCUCAGAUUGUCUCCACAAAGCUCCCUGUUCACAGUCUUUCUCAGGAAAAAGAAAAGUGCAAUGCCAUUUUAGGUCGAGAACUUCUGUUGUUUCAGGUCCACAUGACAAAGAUUCAGUCAUUCAGAUGCUGUUCUUGGUAGUUUCACAUGAGACAAUAAGUCUCUUCUUGAACAAAGUAGCUGUGGCUUAAAUGUGCUAGAAUAACAAACAUUAAUAUCACCACAUCCCACCUAACUUCCACAAGAUUUCCAUUUUCUGGAUGAAGACUUACUCCAUUAUUAUACAUAUAGUGGCACUGACGCGCCGACUCAUUGAGGGAUAGUUGAUUGUCCUGAACAUGAGUGGAAUGUUAGUCUGCAUAUGAAGAUGCUCUGAAUCUGUCUCAUCUUUCUCUGGUGUAUUUUCAAUCCAGUAGAUUUAUUCCAAAAACUCAAGGAAUCGAACAAAAGUAACUCCACUCCCUCAGGAUCAUGAGCUUCGACUUUAAGUUCAGCUGUAAAUUUCUGUGGAUGUCUUGUAGUUCUGCUCAGGAGGUUGGACAAACUUCUACCACUGUUCUGACAUUCCUGCGUUAACUGAACGUCUCUUCAUUUGAAAAAGAAAAUACAGAGUUUUAUUCUCGAUAAAUAAAAAGACAGCACUGACUGUUGGGGAUUACUCAAGAAGUUUGAAAAUAUUUUUGUAACGGAUCAUUUUUGUCUUGAGCAACACUAUUACAAAACUAUUUUAUAUGUUUGACAAUACUGAUAGACCAACCUCAGGUACUAUUUUGGAAUUCAGAGAAAAAUUCUGAAAUCCUUAGUUUAUGAUCCGGAAGACAAACAUAAGUUAGCUUUAAAGUUUUAGUUUAGUCCCUCUCAGGUCUAAGUAGUCGACAGAAGAACGAUUCUUCACUGAAGUGAUCUGUCCAUUAGCUCCUGGCUGGUCUUCGGUACAGGAUGAUUUCACUUUCUGUGGAUAAAUCUUUUCUUUAGAACUAUUUUCUGCCACGUUUUCAGCUGCAGGUCGUGGUGGCAGCUAGAAUAAGAAGGCUCAGAAAGAUCCGUGCCUCAUCCUUCAGACAGAUGGGAUGAAUAAUCCUCAGACUCUCAGGGUCUGUCCAGAUCUUCAUCAAGUUGGAGGCAUCUGGAUCAUUGAAUCUCUCCUGUCCAAACUGGCAGUCGAGGAAGAUUAGGUUUGUUUUUCACAACACUGCACAUGAAGCAGUUUUUAGGUUGACUAAUUAUGUUGCAAACCUGUUCUAGAUGCAUAGUUGGUGAGCCGAGUUCAACAGAUUUAGAGGUUCUCAAAAGAGACCAUCGUCCUUCGUCUUAGCUCCCUACUGCUCUCCCUGUUUGCAUAAACCAUUGAAUACAAAACCAUGAGGUAGAAUCCAGAAGAACACGUUAUUAGAUUCUUCAUUUUUAAGUUUAAUUCUAUCGUAGUGGCCCUGAACACCUGCUGUUGGUUCGACUUGGAGAUUAUUUUUCUGACUGGUUAAACUUGGAGACAAUAGCAAGAUUGGAGCAGAAGUGGAAUCGUGUCCAAGAACAACUAUUUUUUUGUCUUUUGGUGGAGUUAACAGAGUCAAACCUGUUGGAUUUAACAAGCUGUAAAUGAUCAAACCACCUGACGCCUGCCUCAAGGUCCUGCAUUAAGAAAUCCUCCAAUGACCGCCGGCUUUUUGUCCGAUGUUUGUAGUGGGUUGUCCCUCGUAGGUACGGCCUCAACAUUCUUGAACUCCUUUAUUUGCGGCAUCAACUUGCUUAUAGUCUGAAGGGUUAUUUCCACCAUUUUAAAUCCCAAACUUAGACAUUCUGAUCCCCAUAUUUGUGUCAGAAUGUUCCCAUGAAGGCUGCACCUGCUGUGAAACAUGUUACCAAGCACCAAAUUAAAGCCACCAACACGGAUCACUUUGGACUCUUGAGCCUCAGAGAAUUGCUGUGGCCACAGUGUUGACAUGGUUUCUAGAUGGUAUUUAAUAUUUCUACCUUUCGUGUUUUGUUGUCUGACAUGCAACUCAAACUGUGUCUAUCAAACCGCUCAGUGGUGGGUUAAGGUGCUAAUCUGGGCACAGCGAAAAGCAAUAUUUCCCCCGAUGAGCCUGUCAGAACUGGACCGGGACCGUAAAACACGAGUCAUGAUGGAAACACCUCCAUCACCUGUGAUUCUUUGAACUCAGCCAGCGUUGAUGAUGUGCCGUCGCUUUUUCUCUCCUCGAUGUUGCAGUUAGGCGUCGUGCUGUCGUCUCUUUUUGUGCCUGUACGUGCCUUUUUUCACAGAGCAGUGUUUGCUUGCUUUUCCUCUGUUGUGUUGAAAUCUCAGCAGCCAACGUGCCACUCUUCCACAUGGUUCACAGACGAAAUACGCACUUGUGUUGUGUUGAGCAUGUAUAGAGACCGCUCACUUUUUAUUGUCACUAGUCAAGGUUUCAUUGAAGCACUGAGCUGUGGGACUUCAUUCCUGUCAGACAAGCACACUGUGGAUUCAAUGCAAUAAAGAGUAAAAGGCAUGGAGAAGUGUGCAGGGUUUGUCAUUUUAAACUCAGAAUUUAAAAUGAGUCGACAGAGAAUGUGGAAUUGAUUGAUCAAGAAAGAAUCUGUUAGUUUGUUAAAAAUCGAGUUGCUAAAAAUGUUUUAGUGCCAUUCAUGUUCAAUGGCGACAUUAAGUGCCAAUUAAUGCAGGAAGGUGUGACUGGCAGCACUGAAAAGCAGGAGAGAGCAGUUAAAGGACCACAACAGUUUAAUUUAACCUCUAAACUCUAAGCAGUUUCUCUGCAAUUUUUGCCUGUUAUGUUUUUCUUCACUGCAGUAAGAAAACACAACUAACAUUAGACGUAGAGAGACCUCUGCAGUGUGACACAGUUAGAAUGCAUUAAUUAUAAAAAGAAAAAUGGUUCAAAAGGCUUGAAUUUGUUUGUUUUACAGAUUAAAAAAGAAAACUCUACAGCAAAUGUGCAAUGCUAACAUGAUGCAUUAGGUGAAGAACAGCGGGUUAAAAUAAACCGGUGUCGUCCUUUAGAGCAGCUGAGCCAUAAAUUAACUUUAAGUUAUUCUAUAUAAGUGGAUAAUGUAUGAAUAAAUGAAGAGUUCAGGAAAAAUGCUGAGGACAAAUUUAAUGUAUUUUCCUGUUUUGUGAUGAACUGAAUUCUUGUGAUCUUUGAAAGUUGAUUUCAGAUUGAAGUAUUUUAACGUUUGUCUGCUCAGUUAAAGAGGGUUUGAUUAGAAAGUGCUACACUACUUCUGCAGAUGAGUUCAGAACUUGUGAUUAUAUGCAAGUAUUUUUAACAGUUCCACUUACCUCACAACUUAUCCUCAACCAUGUAGCAUUAGCAUAGCGCUACACUACACUGUCCUGAUUUUUAGCUUGUGUCUAAAUGUGCCCUUCUGUUAAGUUACAGCUAAUGUGCUAAAAGCUAAAAAGAAAAAUAUAUUUUUAUUGACAAACUGUUCUAGAUAAAAUGGUGUACUAGCAUAGGUAACAUGCUUUAUUUAAGCUAAGCUAAUCUGUGGUUAGCCACAUGUCACACGCUAGCUAGCUACAUGUUUGUUUGUACGUCCCAGUUCAAGUCUGCUAGAAAAUAUUGGUUAAAUAUCUUCUAAAAACUCCUGUGACUGAGACGAAAUGUGUUUUCUGGCACUUCUAUAUGCACAAUUUUUUUUCUUUUAAAAUUCGUAUUUGUUAUUUCUCUGUAGUUUAUUCACUGAAGAAUUGUGUUGCUAAAGAUUUGUUGUCCGCUCAAAGCACUUUCCUGUUCCAGGAAAUAAAGUUCAUUCAUCUUCA